AUGGCGGCAACCGUGGCAUCGAGGGAUGUUAAUACGUAUUUAAGUCAAAAUCAGAAUGUUGCGGAUAAAGAACUGGCUACAGAAUGGGCGCAACUUGAAGAGUUAUACAAUAAGAGGCUUUGGCAUCAGUUGACACUUAAAUUAGAGACGUUUGUGAAACAUCCUUCUCUUCAGAAAGGAGAUAAAUUGGUUCAGUUGUACAUGAACUUUUUAUCUACCUUUGAAAACAAGAUAAAUCCUUUAUCUCUGGUAGAAAUACUAGCAUUUGUAAUUCAGCAAUUUCAAGAUAAACAGGAGGCGAUUAAGUUCUUAGAGAAAACAGAGGCUAAAGUUAAAACCAACAAUGAAGCUACUUCUCUGUGUAAAGUCCUCAUAGGACAGAUAUUGCUUGAAAAAUUAAAUGAUCAGGAAAGAACAAAGAAGAUUAUAGAGGAUGUAGAAACUAUGUUAGAUAAUGCCGAUGGCAUUACUACAGUUCAUGGUAGAUUUUAUUUAUUAGCCAGUCGGCUUUAUCGUCUUCAAGGAAAGCAUGCGGAGUAUUACCGCACUGCUUUAAGAUAUUUGGGCUGCAUUGACUUAAAUACUUUAAGUAAACAAGAACAAGAGCAACAUGCGUUUUUCCUUGGAUUAGCUGCACUUUUAGGUGAAGGAGUUUAUAAUCUUGGAGAAUUGUUAGCUCAUCCAGUGUUACAGUCCUUAAAAGGCACAUCGAACUCUUGGUUGAUCGAUUUACUGCAGGCUUUCAAUGCUGGUGACAUUCCUGCACUCGAGAAAUUGAAACCACAAUGGAGCAAAGUCGCGGAUUUAGCCGCGCAAGAAUUGAAGUUAAGACAAAAAAUCUCUCUUCUCUGUCUCAUGGAAAUGACUUUUAAACGACAGGCUAAUAACAGGCAAUUAACAUUUGCGGAAAUUUCUCAAGAAACUCGUUUACCCCUGGGUGAAGUCGAACUGCUAGUAAUGAAAGCUCUGGCUCAAGGUUUAGUUCGCGGUGCUAUCGAUCAAGUAGCAGGAACAGUGAACAUGACGUGGGUACAACCCCGUGUAUUAGAUCGUUCACAAAUAGCUGGGAUGGUACAGCGACUCGAUGGAUGGUGUAAAGACGUUAGUUCGAUGGAACACUUAUUAGAAACUCGAUCGUCCGAGAUUCUCACACUUUAAUAUUAGGUCUGAUCAUUUUUCAUCGAUUCGUUUGUAACUUCUAUUUUCCUGUAUGUUCAUUAACUCAAUGGCUUACCACUAUGUCGAACAUGAAAGAAAAUACACUCCACCCAAUAUAAAUACCAUAAUUUUAUUUAAAAUGAAAAAUAACAUUUCUCAUCCUGAUAAGUCAGUGAGUUAAUACCGAGAGAAGAGUAAGAAAAACAUUUUCUUAAACAGAAAUUUAUGUCUGUACAAACGAAUUAAAGGGAGUAUAAAUUUAUCUGAAAUUUAAUGUUCUACAGAAAUGAGCGUUUGACAAUUUUUAUCGUUUACGUGAAGGAAAUUGUUUGAUUCUUUUGAGCUCUGAAACUUUGUACUAUGAUCGAAAUAUUAAUAAUAACAGUGUAUAUUACAACAUUAA